AUGCGUUGUAUCCUUUUGAUUUCAUUUGCAUCGAUAUUGUGGCUAGGACUUGGCGAUGCUGAGGAUAGUCCGGGAUUCUUUUUGAAAAUUACCAAAAAUGUACCACGCUUAGGCAAAAGAUCCGACAAGGAUUUCGGCCACGGACUUUGGGGUAAUUACAAGUCGGUGCCACGAAUGGGCAGGAGUGUACUAAGUGACAAUGAAUUAAAUACCCUCGUACAUUGGCUAAAGCAAAUAAAAUCAAUGAAAUCGGUUGGCAAACGGGUUCUCAUGAGUCCCCAAUUGUCAUUACUGGCCUCAGAAAAUGAAUUGAGUGUAGUGCAGCCGGUAAAUUCGAAUACAUUGAGAGAAUUAUUGAAUAAGAAUGCAAUACCACGUGAUAAUGUCAAGUUUGUCCAUUGGAAAGAUUUCGAUCGAGCUUUACAAUUGGAUGCUGAACUCUAUGGUAAAGUUAGCUCUUUGGGCCUGAAGCCAGAUCAGCUAUUAAAACAAGGCAUCAGCGUGGGUAAUUAUAUUCCGCUAAUGGAAAAUGCUGUCGAUGCAGAUGGUACAGAUUAUGCUCUCUAUACACGUGAUGGCGGUUUUGAUGGCCCUUAUGCUUCGGAAUUUUUAAGAUAUAAUAGUUAUUAG